UACGAUGCUGCUUUGAUCACCUGCUUAGUGGAUCGAUGGAGGCCCGAGACCCACACGUUCCACUUUCGCUGGGGUGAGAUGGCGCCUACUCUACAGGACGUGUCUAUGUUGCUGGGCCUUCCGUUGGCAGGUGAGCCCAUAGGCCCAUUGGAGGAAACCGUGGGCUGGAUGCACAGCAUGGAUGCACGUUUCCAGGGUGUUCGUGCAGACGUUGGGCCUAUGACUUUUGAGGCUCACGGGCCUCGCCAGGCAUGGCUACACGAGUUCCAGAUCGAGCAGUUCGGAUUCCCAGAUGUACCGAUGACUGCGGUUCAGAUCACUCGCAGCUUGGAGGCGUACCUCAUGUGGCUACUCGGGAAGACGAUGUUCACGGACAAUCACGGGAACACGAUCAGUGCGCGGUACAUCCCUAUAGCUCAGGAGAUAGCAGAGGCCACCGAAGCAGAGCACAUCACACAGAGGAGCUGGGGUUCUGCGGUCUUAGCCGCUACGUACCGAGGUAUGUGUAAGGGUUGCCAGCUAACCUCGCAUGGUUCUGGCAUCGUUGGUUGUCCACUCCUGUUGCAGCUCUGGUCAUGGGCGAGGUUUCCCAUCGGCCGUCCUGAGAUUAGUGGUCGAUCUUGGCUGCCAGACGAGUUGUACGACGCAGAGUGCAUCGAUAUGCCGACGUUUGGUUCUCUAUGGACAUCGCGGAAGAUGUAA